GUUCAUUCUUUGUUAACUAUAUCAUCUUCGUGUGAAAUUAAAUAAUUGGGCGAGUUUCACCAAAUUUGUUAGGAACAGUAAUGCACAAGAAAAUAAUAGGAAAUUUGAUUAGAGUCCAAUCAAUGGUUUAACAAAAGCAAACGGUAGAUGAAUGAAUGGAUAAAGGAGAAUGAGCAGUGAGAUGGUUGAGAUGUUCUUCUGGAGCGAAAGCAGCAGUAACCUUAAUCCGAUUCAAUUUCUGCAAAACCAAUCCAAUAAUAAUACUAAUAAUAAUAAUCUGGUGCUCCUUUCUGGCCCUCCUUCAAGUGGGAAAACCUCUUUGAUUUUCCAGUUUGCAUUCAACGUCGCAUUACACUCUUCCAAUUCAAAUGUCAUCUUCAUUUGCAACCGCCACAGGUUCGAUUCCAAACCCCCUUUUCUCUCUCAGGGCAUUGAUCCAUCUUCUGAUGUCUUCCACCGAAUUCAAAUGAAGUAUGUGAAUGAUGAUCAGGACAUCAGGAACUUCUUUGCUGCCUUCCACCUGUUUGAUACUUUGCCUGCUGCUCUUGUUAUCGACGAUUUCGGACAUUUCUUUGACAACAAGAGUUGCCAACAGCGUUAUUCUAAUUCUCGAGGAAGAGAAUUAGCAAUGGUCAAGACUCUAGCCUUAUGCCACAAUGCAAUCACUUAUGCAAAUCAAAAAGGUUCUUGCAAGCUUGUCCUAUCUGAUAUUCUUACACACCAUGGUGAUUCCCCAAGGUUUCAAUUCAUCUACAACAAAUGGAUACACACCACUUUUACCAUUAAAGAAGGGGAUGUAUGUGGAUCAUUUAUUCUGAAAGAGAAGAAUAGCAACACAGGUAAGAAUAAAGCUGCAAAAUAUUCCAUAGCUCUUCAGUAUCUGGCCUUAGAUGAAAUUGUAGAAGAUCAAAUAGAAUAGCACAUAGGUUACGUUAUUUGUAUUCAUUUUUGUUUAAAAAUUAUUAAAUGGAUUGUAGGAUCAUAUGAGAUGGGUCUUAUACCCAUUCAACAGUUAAAAAAAAUGUUAACUAUGUGUACGAGAUAAAAUGAGUAUAUUUUUCCAAGUAACAAAUUUACCUGUUCAACAGUUACAAGUGAUUGAUGAGCUAUGCUGUGUCAAUACAGUUAUGUCUAUAA